AUGUUCCGAUUGUUUGAGCGAUACUACAUCGCCCAUGACGCCCUCAUGCUCCUGACCUUUAUCCCCUGCCUCAUCGUCUUCCUAUGUGCGCUCUGCCUUGCCCGCCAUCGCAAGGAUCCCGCUCGAACAGCUUUUUCAUAUCUGAAGGCCGCAUUCGCCUUCUUAACACUCUUCAUUUUCCUGGACUUUUGCGGCUACGGUCUCGCCUUCGCUGCCGCCCGCAUCCAAUAUGACUUGUAUUAUGAAGUCACCUCCGACGUCAUGAGAGCCAUCGAUCUCGCUCAGUACAAUACCUUCACCGUCUCCCGGAUUUGCGAAGCCAUCGCUGAUAUCCUUGUCUUCCUGAUGCUGCUCCGUCUUGGCACUGGGAUCGUCAUGGUCCAUGUGGGCAAAGCAGGAAAGUACGACAAGAUCACCAAGCUUGCCUCGUACGGUAUUGCCUCGGUGCUCCUUAUCAUUGCCCUCGCCCAGUUUGGCCUCCGCCUUCACUUCUAUAACGAGGUCUUUGCCAAGAACCGAUCGUCGACUUACUCGGCCACCAACAAGUUGAUUGACCAAUUCAAUGCCUCUCGCCACCUCGACUUCUCCUUUCGCGUGCUUGUAUUCGUCUUGGCUAUAGCCAUCGUCGCGCAAUCUAUCAUGGUUAAGAUGCAGACGCGUUCCGAAACGCGAUUAUCUCUGUCCUCCAACAUAUUUAUCACAAGUGCAGCACUAUGGCUCCUGCGAACCGUAUACGAGAUGGCUUCCAUGGCGUCAGCAUUAAAUCUAAGCGACGUGCGACGCGACCCAUAUUACAAGAGCUACUAUGAUGUCCUCGAUGUUAUUUUCGGUGUCUGGCCCCUGUUCAUUCUCCUUUGCCUUGUGUUCACACUUGGCUCUAAGAAGAACAACGGGCUCUGGUCUACUGAGCAACCUUUCAUGGCAGAUGGCUCGGGUGACCAAGUGACACCAUGGGGCUAUACCUACAAUUCACAAACCAUAGCUCCACCGAUGGUACAUCAGCAACAGCAGUCACCUCCGAUGCGACACGAAUUAAUCCAACCUGUACCACCUCCCCAGAACCAGCAGGGUACCUACUAUGCUCCGCCGAACCAGUACAUUUCGCCUUCCCAACAUCAAAACUACCCGCAGUACGCCCAUCAGCAACCACAGCAGCAGCAGCAACAGCACCAGCCUCAAUACCAGCAACAGCAACAACACUACAGCCCUCAAAGCCCAGUGUCCCAAACAAGGUCGCCCCCGCCCCAUGAGGAUGCUAUGGGACUGAACCACCAGGCAGACGGAACACCUCCCCAGACCAUCCCUCAGCCGUAUUAUGAAAAGGCAUAG